AUGGGUUCUCAUCAUAAUCUUCUUCUUCUUCCUAGCUUCUUUCAUCUUCCUCUGCAGCUAGCCGUUGGUUCAGCUCGAUCAAAGCAGCAAACAAAGUGCAGUGGAUAUGGAGCAUGUGGAUGGAUCUGCCUGGCUCCUUGGAUGCCAAAUAAGAUAUUUGUCAAUAGGAGCUGUACUCCAAAGCUAGGACAGAAGCUUAUUGGGGCAAGAUACUUCAACAAAGGUUAUGCCUCAGUGGCUGGUCCUCGGAAUUCCACCUUCGAUUCGCCUCGUGAUAAAGAGGGUCAUGGAACUAAUACCUUGUCGACAGCAGGUGGAAAUUUUGUAGCAGGAGCCAGUGUCUUUGGGUUCGGCAAUGGAACAGCGAAAGGUGGUUCACCAAAAGCACGAGUUGCAGCUUACAAGGUCUGUUAUCCCCCAGUUGGUGGAAAUGAGUGCUUUGAUGCAGAUAUCUUAGCAGCAUUUGAUACUGCAAUAAGUGAUGGGGUUGAUGUCCUGUCCGUGUCACUGGGAGGGGAUCCUACACCAUUCUUUAAUGACAGUGUUUCCAUUGGGUCUUUCCAUGCUGUAAAGAACGGGAUUGUCGUCGUUUGUUCUGCUGGUAAUUCUGGUCCUAAUGAUGCUACUGCCUCCAAUCUUGCACCCUGGCAGAUCACUGUUAGUGCCAGUACCAUGGACAGGGAGUUCCCCAGUUAUGUUACGCUUGGCAACAACAUGACCUUCAAGGGAGAAAGUUUAUCAAGAACAGCCCUGCCAAAGGAUAAGAACUUCCCAAUUAUAAGUGCUUCAGAUGCUAGAGCAGCUAAUGCAUCUGUGGAAGACGGGCUGCUGUGCAAAGCUGGAACACUUGAUCCCAAGAAGGCAGAGGGGAAGAUCUUGGUCUGCCUCCGAGGGGGAAAUGCAAGAGUGGACAAGGGUGAGCAAGCUGCUCUGGCUGGUGCUGUUGGGAUGGUUCUUGCCAAUGAUAAGGAUUCUGGCAAUGAAAUUAUUGCUGACCCUCACAUCCUUCCUGCUUCUCAUCUCAAUUACACCAAUUGUGUCGCUAUCUUCGCUUACAUUGACUCCACUAAGUCUCCCAUUGCUUAUAUCACACCUUCAACAACGCAAAUCGGCACAAAGCCAGCUCCCUUCAUGGCAGCAUUUUCCUCUAAAGGUCCCAACACCAUUGCUCCAGAGAUCCUCAAGCCUGAUAUCACCGCACCAGGAGUGAGUAUCAUAGCAGCCUACACAGGAGCAGAAGGACCUACAAAUGAAGAUUUCGAUACCCGACGAGUUCUGUUUAACUCGGUAUCAGGCACUUCAAUGUCAUGUCCUCAUGUUUCAGGCAUUGCUGGCCUUCUAAGAACUCUGCAUCCGACCUGGAGUCCUGCAGCAAUUAAAUCAGCAAUUAUGACUACCGCAAUGAAUUCUGAAUGCAUUCUACACCAAGGCAACUCCAUUCAGCUAUGGAGCAGGACACAUCAGAGCAAACCAAGCUAUGGAUCCAGGGCUGGUUUUUGACUUGUCUGUUUAUGAUCACCUCAACUUUCUAUGCGCCAUGAGGUAUAACGCAACCCAAAUUUUAUCAUUCUCAGAGACUCCCUACAGAUGCCCCUCCAAGGCCAUUAAUAUUGCCAAUU